AUGCUGCCGUCCAAAAAGACUCAGGCGGAUGCAGACGACCUAGUGGACAUUGUGCGCGAUUUCUCCUUGCUAGCAGCAAACACCUUUGGCAGGAAGAAUAGCUUCACCUACAUCCACGAGGGGUUCAAGCCGGCGCGCCGAACCUUCAUUGACUACUUGUUUGUGAGACAGCACAAACAUCAGCUCUGCAAAGCUGGACAUCUCCGAGACUGGCAGGUUGCUCGCUGGAGAGCGGGGGGCCGGCAUCUACCCGGAUGGCUCCACAUUUCAGUGCGCAAGUUUCGAGCUCAGCAGAAGACCGCUAAGUGUGAAUGGCCCAGGUGGAAAUGUCAGCUACUGUCUCAGGCCAUCAAGGAUCAUCCUCACUUGGCCACAGAGUUCGAAUGUCAGGUACGAGAAUCUCUUCAAGCAGUGACAGAGUACCAGCCCAAGGAGUUUAACAAGCUUCUACUGGAGGUGGGACGGCGUGUCUUUCAUGUGCAUCGUCCUCACAGUCUUCCACCGCCGUGGACCGGCGCUGAGCAUGUUGGAGGCAUCAAGGACAUGUGGUCGCACUAUCACAGCAUGCGCAGGCUGUUUUCAGAAGCGGCCACAGCAACCACAGGACGCAUGCGGUUGACGAUACAGGCAUGGCAACAUCGGGCUCAGUUCCUCCGCAUGCAUAGGCAGGUACAGAAGCAUUCCCGAAAACUCCGACGUGUCAGGUUGGCCCAGCUGCUGCAGGAGGCGGAUGCGCAUGUCAGAUCAGGAUGCAGCCAGGCGCUCUUCGAACUGGUUCGCAGAGUGGCUCCCAAACAGCCUCGAAAGCGAGCUCAGUUGCGUGCCAGGGAUGGCAAACUGUUGACUCCGGCGGAGGAGGCUAGGGAGUUGUGGGAGUUCUGGAAAUCGGUCAACG